CGCGAGCGCGGCGCAGAUCCGCAGCGCAGAGAGCCGGAGCGCUGAAGCUGAGGCUGAUGAUGAUGAGGAUGAUGAUAACGAUGAUGGGAGGACCGCGGGAUUAACGGCGGGGUAAAAAGGGGGUCAUUCGGGUGGUCUAGCCGGGGGGCUUCUAUUCUGGAUGCCCAGAAGGCCAUGAUGAAGACCGACCCUUCCUCAGCCGCGUCAGCCACGCUGCCCCCCCUGCAUCCGCACGAUGCCGCGAGCGGCCGCGCCUACGGCUCCAACGUGCACCGCAUCAAGAGCCUCUUCAUGCAGAUGGGCGCGAGCCCGGACCCCCCCGCAGCACCGCACAGAGCCGCCGCCGCUGCCGCCACCGCGCGCGCCCCGCUGCCUCGCGCCGGCAGCCUGAACGAGCGCGUGGACCACGGCGCACUGCUGAAGCUCGGCGCGGAGGGCGCGCAAGGGGGCGCGAGCUCCUCCACCAUCAUCACCCCCGCCAUCACCCCGUCCAUCAGCGCGUCCUCCUCCAUCAGCAGCAUCACCUCGUCCUCCUCCUCCUCCUCCAGGCUGCAGGAGACCCGGAGGAUCUUCGAGCGGGCGGAGGGGGACGAUGCCGGGGGCGGCCGGAGCGCGCUGAAGAAGGAGCGGGCCGGGGGGCUCCAGCACGGGCGCCUGGACGUGGUCGCGCGCUUCAACGGCAGCACCGAGUCGCUGGACGGGCUGGACGCGUCCGAGGCCGUGUCGCCCACCGUCAGCCAGCUCAGCGCCGUGUUCGAGCGGGCAGCGGAGCUGCGUUCCAACCUCAACCGCCUGUCCCGGAUCAGCGCAGGCAGAGCGCGGCCCAGCCCGGCCCAGGAGCACCGGGGGAACCGCAAGGGGCGAGAGCAGGAGGGCGCCGCGGAGGACCUCCAAAAAGAGGCCACACGGGACACCAAGCAGCAACAGGCAGCGUCCGAGCCGCUGAAGAACGCCAAUGGCGAGACUUCAGAACCUGACCCUGCCCAGGUACUGGAGGUGGAGGUCAGCGGGGCGAGUAGGGGGGGCAGCUGCUCCGUCGGGGUCAGCAGUAGUAAAGAGGACAGUGGGGAUGAUGAGGCCACCCUAAAGGAUGACUCGUCGGCAGGUGCCACCCUGGUGGAGGUGAGUAUGUACAGCGCAGCGGGGGAGGACUCCGGAGGCAGCCAGCUGGAGGAUGAGGAUGAUGAUGGUGAAGAUGAUGAGGAGGGCUGCUACGAGCCUGAGGUCACCUGUGUGGAGGCCCCGGGGCUCCCGGUGGAGGAAGAUCCACCACCAAGCCGCAAGAUACGCUUCAGCAGCGCACCGAUUAAGGUGUUUAUGACGUACUCCAAUGGAGACUAUGACCGGAGGAACGAUGAGGUGGACCCCAUGGCAGCUUCAGCCGAGUACGAGCUGGAGAAACGAGUAGAGAAGCUUGACCUGUUUCCUGUAGAGCUGGAGAAGGACAAGGACGGUUUGGGUAUCAGCAUCAUCGGGAUGGGAGCUGGUGCUGAUAUGGGUCUGGAGAAACUGGGGAUAUUCGUCAAAACCGUCACCGAAGGAGGAGCUGCCCACCGAGAUGAUAGGAUCAGAGUGAAUGAUCUGAUAGUGGAGGUGGAUGGGAUCAGUCUGGUUGGAGUGACUCAGAGUUUUGCUGCCUCUGUGUUGAGGAACACCUCUGGAACAGUUAGGUUUACAAUCGGCCGGGAGAAGCCGGGGGAGCAGAGCGAGGUGGCGCAGCUGAUACAGCAGACACUGGAGCAGGAACGCUGGCAGCGGGAGAUGAUGGAACAGCGCUAUGGAAACUACAUAGGAGAUGAAGAUGAGCCUGCAGCCUACGGCAGUGAUGAAGAGGAGGAGGAGGAGGAGGAUGAAGAGACAGGCUCCAUGUACCCCAGUGCUAUUGAGGUGUUUGACCUGGCAGAAAAUGAAGACGCGCUCUCUCCUGUGGAGAUGGACCCCGAGAAACUCGCCCACAAAUACAAAGAGCUGCAGAUCAAACAUGCCGUCACUCAGGCUGAGAUUCAGCAGCUCAAAAAGAAGCUGAAUCACGCGGAGCAGGACAGGCAGCGCUGGCGCAACGAGAAGGCCCAGUUAGAGCGCAGCGUUCAGGAGAACAGGGAGCGCAUGGAGAAGCUGGAGGGUUACUGGAUGGAGGCACAGAGUCUGUGUCAGGCAGUGGACGAGCACCUGAAGGAGACGCAGGUGCAGUACCAGGCCCUGGAGCGCAAAUACAGCAAGGCCAAGCGUCUCAUUAAAGAGUACCAGCAGAAGGAAAUUGAGUUUCUGAAGAAGCAGACGGCUCAGCGGAGGACUCUGGAGGAGACUGAAGCGUCACACAAGGAGGAGGCAGAGCAGCUCAAGGUCAAGGUAGAGCAUGUCACUGAUCUGGAGUCGCAGGUAGAAGAGCUGAGGUCCUCCGAACCUUUAUAAAGACUGUUGCUGUUCUCAACUGCUGUGCAGCCAGAUGGGUGCUGCAAGAUGUGAACAGAAGUUGGACCCUUACCCAAUUUAACCUCCUACCUUCUAACCUCCAGGCUUUUCCCUCGUCUAGAGCCUUUCCUAAGUGAAUACUUCAACCAUCAGCAUUUUUAAAAAAUGACUUUUUAAUUUUAUCUGAUAUCUGAUUUUACCACAUACCGGACUGCAGCUCGGGCAUCUAACCAAUUCAGGAAAAGAAGAAGAAAGUGAGACUGUGUCUCGAAGUUGUCUGUAUGAGGGGUAUAUGGCGAGCAUCCUUCAACUGUCGUUAAUAAGACUGAAGUUUAAAUAGUUUAAAAAGUCAAAUUAUCCUGAUUGAUCACUGACCCCAGAUUUAAAGGUUUGAUUAAAAAAGUUCAAAAUCUUAUUAGACAGAUAUGUAAACAAGGUUAAAAAGAUGUAAUUCAGUAAGUUAUUGUGGAUUAUCCUUAUGUAAACCGUUUUUCAAGGAGUUACAAGCUGCAUUGGGCACCGGCUUAAAUAAAACCAGUGUAUUUUGACAUGUUUUUUGAAGGUUUACACUAAAUGUGUUUUAAGGGAAACUAUCGAGAAUUCUAUUGUUAGGAAUAAGUUGGGUGCACUAUAAGUUGCAUUAUAAGGUGCAUUUAUCUAGACACCACACUUCCACAAUACACACUGGGGGAAGUGGAGGCCUGGUGCAAGUAUGAGGCCUGGGUCUAUUCAAGAUGGUGGAUGUUUUUGAAUCCCUCUCCAAACACACUGGAAUCUGUUGCACCUUUUGUGUGCUAUUUACUCUUUUGAACGUUCUCCGUAUGCUUGGGCUGGCCAACUAUAGAGCUAUAGAGCUUGGGCUCUUUGAGGAUCAUCACAUUUACUGCAUUUAUCUGAUGCUCUUAUCUAGAGCGACUUAGAAGGUUGGGCCAAUGUAGUGUUAGGAGUCUUGCCCAAGGACUUUUAUUGAUGUAGCACAGCCAAGUUACCCAAACCUGGAAUUGACCCACAGUCUCUCACAUGGUAGCUCACUGGCAGACUAUAGUGUUAUGGUGUUAUCCAUUGCACCACACAAACCAUCAUCAUUCAGUUCCCAUUCACUCACAUUAGCCUCAUACACUUACUUCCAUAUUGGGUAACAGCAACACAUAGUCGUUGGGCUAGGAACCCAAGCUUUACCAACCUUUAGCUCCUCCUUUAGACCACCUGUUGUGUAAAGGGUGCACUAUCUAGUGUUUUGUAGAACUAUUGAAAAGUCUUAUUACUAUUGACGAUCUUUACUAUAGUGAUACUUACCCAGGCCUAACUGGAACUAAAUUACCAUACUCAAGACAUCCCAUUACAAUUGCUAUGAGGCAUGAAGUUACAGAGGUGAGAUCUAAGGCUAAGGGUACAGAUAUAAUGGUGGCAUCAAUGUGAUCAUCAUCACAUUCCAUCAGAUCAGUAUCUGGGGUCAGUGGUCUGUCAUGUUCUCUUAAAAUUUUAUCAUACUUAUGUCUUUAAAAGGGCAUUUCAGAACUUUUCUCCAAAACAUAUUUUUCCAGUUUUUUCCAGUGUUUGUUUUUAUUUGUGAAAUAUGUGCUUCUGAGCUAAGAUAUAGUGAAAUGGUCCCUCCCGUAAACUUCAUCAGGACAUCAGAGACUGGCCUUUACUUUAGGCCGUAAAUAUCAAACCUUUUUUAUUUGUGAUAACGCACAUUUCUGCUAGCUCCUCUAGAAGAUUUUGAAUAGUAUGUUAGUUCUAAUUGAACACUGAUGUUACAUCUGAACAUUUUGUGGCUGUUCUAGAUUAAACACGGACAUUUAAAGCUUGUACUCUGAAGAUUGUACUGAAAAUGAACAGCUAUAUGUGUAUGUAAUGUUUUAUAGAAAUUCUAUCACCCGUAGUGAUUUGUAAGACUGAGGGUUAUUCACACUCUUGAACACAUUGGUAGGAAUAGCCAGUGAGGUACCUAAACUUCCAGAAUAACUGGACUGGUGUGUUUUUAUCAUCAAAAUAGAAGAGCAUUUUGGGUUGUAUGUGCCUAGAUAGACCAUGGAAAACUACUCGUAAUUGGACAGUUUUUUAAUCUAAAUACUUUUGUGAUUUCAUGUAAUCAUGAAGAAACAACCAACAAUAAUCUUUAUCAUUCUGUUAAAUACAAAUUGAGCAAAAUUGCAGGCUUGUAUUUUUUAGUUUCAAGAAGAUAUUGUGGAUCAUAUGUAGACAGAUAUUAAGAAAUGGUUGGUUAGAAGACAUACAAGAAGGUGGGUGGAUGACACUGUAUUUUGGAUUGGGGUCAGAAUGUCAAGUGUGAUAAAAAAUGGAUCAUCAUCAUCAGGUCUUUUCUUAAGGGGUGGAUGUUCUUCAGUUUGGCCAGCUCACAAUGCUGUCUCUCAGGCACUUUCACCCCGCAAACAACCGAUUUCAUGCCUUACACCUGUGUCGUUUAAACAGCAAUGAUGCUUGUGAAUAUAUCUGAGAUGAUGGAUGUGGCGGUCUGGAAGUGAGGUGAGUUCAGGUAAAUUUUUGGUGUAUUGCUAUCUUGGCAACGUAUAACACAGGUGCACAACUGUGUGAUUAGAACCACCAGAAAUUCAUUGCUAUCUUGGCUACAACACACAUACCUCCCUGUUACACACCCAACUUUUACAUCAACAGUACACAGAAUACAGAAUAAAAUAACAUUGCUGUUCACGUAAA